UGUCCGUGGGCUCUAAAAAAAGAGAGGAGAAAUAGGUAAAUUUGAAUUUCUUGAGGAUUGCAGAAGCCUGUAAGCUUAGCCUGUUUCUUUCCAGCCAUCCUUCCUGCAAAAGCAAGGCCAGGAUUGGGCAGUUUAGAGGUUUAUGCCUUGUCCUUGCCUAGAUAAAAACAAACAAACAAAAAAAACCCCAACUAUUCCCUUGUUUUCAGUGUUUCUGCCCAAUUCUCUCAGCAGCCACAGCUCCUGUUGGCAAAUGUCUUAUUGGGAAUCUGAUUUUGGUGUAAAUGAGCUGGGUUUUCCCCUCCUUGCUUUGGCUCCUGACAGGGGAUUGUUCUCAGCCUGCACUAAACCUGCAGGUGGCAUUUUCCAGGUACCAAGAAAUUCCAGCCUCAGCUAUCCCAUGAUCCUGCUGCAGGCACUGCCUUGAACCUCCCAGUUCCCCUGAGGUCACUUGAUUAUUUUAUGGCUGUUCUGUGGCACACAGAGCUCCCUUCCCAAUCAAAACCCAUCAGAGAUGAGCUGACAGUUUGAACAGACCCUCUGGGGCCCCUCCUCUCAGCUCCAAAUGGAAAUGCUCCUCCAGGAAAGGGUGCAGGGAUUUGCAGGCACCAGGACCGGGGCAGGGAGAUAAUUCAAGCAUCAAAUCUCCCCCCAGCCAAGCCCUUGGGUGUUUAAAUAUUGAAAUGCCAGAAAUGGGAAAUGUUUUAAUGACUCGUCAUAAAUUGUAGUUGCAGGAGCAGUGUAUGGGGAAUUCAAGCACAUAACUGUGCAGAAGGGUCACCCAGGGUAUUUUGGGGUUUUUUUUCCAAUUGUUUUUUUUUUUACAGUCAAUUCUGAGACGUGACUGAGGAAUAAAUACUCUGGAGAGCUCUGCCAAAAUAAAACUUAAAUAUCCAGGAGUUUUUCCAGCCAGCAUUAAGUCUGGGGAGCAAAGUUUGGAAGUCAAGGUCAGAAACGAACCCUCAGCAAGUUAAUACAUCAUAAAUUACAACAAUGAAAGCUGAGAUGCCACACUAUCUUCAGUGAAUCACUGAAAUAACCCCCAUCCCUGUGACUGAAGCAUUCCCAAUAAAGGAGAAGAGGCAGGAAAAAUCCAUUUUAAUCAAGUUCAGAUAACUGACAAAGGCUUUGGAAGCGUCUGAUCUGAGAGCAUUGUUUCCCGGGAGGAAAAGGAUGAGAUGUCUCUCCUGUGACACGAGGCACCAGGAGAAGCCCUGUCAGCCUGUCAAAGGAUCGUGGCGAACCCAUCAGGUUGCAGAGCCUCUUUUUGGUCAAGCAGCUGCUCCUGUGAUGCUGUAUUUUGGAUAUGCAGUGGAUGGAUUUGCUGUUGGCCAAGUCCAUGGAGCUGCCUCCCAUCACUGGCUCUGCUUGAGGGUGAGAGAAGAAGAGAACGAGGUUCCUCAUCACCACUGAGUGCUGCACCCUCACACAGCCACCUCAAACUGCUUUAAAAUAAAAAUUAUUUUGCUUUGCAAAAAAGAGAAGCCACCAAAAGCCAAGACUGCCAGAGAAGGGUUCAGUGACCAAGUUUUAGAGUGGUCAUUGCCUGCCCUUCUCUCUGUGGUCAGCUGAGACCUGAGCACUCAGCUCUGGGAGGGCUCCUCAGCCACGUGAGCAGAUUCCAGGAUUACUAUUAAAAGCUCAAAACCCCAGAGUCAGCUCCUCCCCCAAGUCUAAAGACUAAAAAAGAAAAAAAAAAGGAAAAAAAAGUCCAAUUUCUCUGCUUGAUAUCUGGGUUUUUGAAUUUCUGCUCUUCAUAUUUUCAACCACAAAAAUCCAGAAGCCUCAUGUUUUAAUGGAAAGGGAGACUCGUAAUCUGAUAGGUAUAAAAACGACGAGGCUCGUCCGAGCAGGCCAUUCCAACAGCUUAAAGCACACCCAGAGCAAAACCAGGAAUAAAACGUGACCCCUGCUCUCUGGAUGCACUCAGCAUGAAAUGUUUACUUCCUAUUUUAGCCUGCUGGCAAUCCUUCACUGCCACAGCCCUGCCUGCCUCUUCUUCACGGGAAGGAUGUUGUGUUUGGGGAAGAAAUCCCCGAGGAAGUCGUGGCUGGAUGGAUGGUUGGUUGAACCUCACCAAGAGAUGUCCCAGCUAGGAGGAACAACCUCAGCACACAAAGAAAACAACAAUCCAGACUGCAGGAAGUCACUGAAAACCUUGAGUGAACCUUGAGUACAUCGGGAAGUGGGUCUGAUGCUUGGGCUCAGUCUGACCUGGAAAGCUGCUCCUGGUGUGAAAUAACCACAGGCUUGACAGGUGGAAGCAAAAUGAGCAGUUCAAGUGACAAGGGCAAGAUCACCUUGCAGAGCUCCCGGAGAACUGGACUGACACCCGCGAGACGCUGCUGGAGGGGAUGCUCUUCAGCCUCAAGUACAUGGGGAUGACACUGGUGGAGCAGCCCAAGGGAGAGGAGCUCUCUGCAGCUGCUGUCAAAAGGAUCGUGGCCACUGCAAAAGCAAGUGGAAAGAAGCUGCAGAAAGUGACUCUGAAAGUGUCUCCCCGGGGGAUCGUGUUGAACGACAGCAGCACGAACGAGCUGAUCGAGAACAUCUCCAUAUACAGGAUAUCCUACUGCACGGCAGACAAGAUCCACGAUAAAGUGUUUGCCUACAUUGCCCAGAACCAGCUCAAUGAGAACCUGGAGUGCCAUGCCUUCCUCUGUACCAAACGGAAAAUGGCACAGGCCGUCACCCUCACCGUGGCACAGGCCUUCAAAAUCGCCUUUGAGCUCUGGCAAGCAGCUAAGGAAGAGAAGGAAAAGCGGGAGAGGUCCAUCUUGGAAGGAGAAGGGACGAGCAGCCCCAGCUCAGAAGCCCCUGCCCACCCUGACACAUCAGCAGCCACGGGGAACUUGCUGGAUUUUGAGGAUCCUGCCAAAUCACCCCUGAGCAGCAGCCCAGACCCCCCACACUUGGAUAACAGCGUGUUUGGGCCCAGCUCCUCUGUAAACAACAACGUGGUGUGGGAAAUGGAUGAUGGUCUCGACGAGGCAUUUUCAAGGUUGGCUCAGUCGAGAACAAACCCUCACGUCCUGGACACGGGGCUGACAGCUCAGGACAUCCAGAGUGCAGAAACGCUCUCCCCUGUAGACUGGAACAAAAUAGAUUCCACCACGGGUGAGAAGGAUGAUCUGUUCAUGUUUUGAGGUCAAGUGGAUCGAAGAGCUGACUGGAGAAUAACCACUAAAAGUCUCUGGGCUGGAUCGUGCUGUUGCAGGUGCUGUACCCAGGGGGCUCUUCUAAGGGCUCUUCGCCAGAUGAGGUGAUGUUACAGCGCAGUUUAGACCAAAGCUUUAGAAACCUGAUGCAGAUUUUUAUACCUUGCUUUUUAUCUAAACCACGAGAUGCUCUUGGACAUAUUUAUUCCCAGCCGUUACCGUUUACAUGUGUUAUUGGAAGGUGUGGAGAGCAUCUACAGGAUUACGUGGCAAUAAUACCGUGGAAGAACCUUCAGCAGUGCCUGUUGCUCUCUGAAAACAGACUGUGCACCACCAAAGUCCCUCUGUGUUGAUCCUCUAGACAAAGGUCUGCAGAUGCAAAUGCAGACCCAAGCACAAGUGUUACUAAUCCACUGAUUCUUGAACAACACGUCACCUGCCUGGGCGAGGGGAGGGGAUUUGCAGCAGCUGCUGACAGUGUUAAAUCAAAGAGGUAGCAGAGAUCUUGCUUUUGUAUGAAUGUCUGUGACACUCUCACAGUUGUCAAUCACCCCUGCGGGUUCUGGCUGUUUCUUCACCAGCUCCAUGUGGGAAUUGACACUUUUUUUUUUUUCUUUUUUUAACCCAAAGACUCUACGAAGUUUUGCACUUUAAAACUUGAACUGAAAGCAAUGGUCCGAGUUGUCAAGCUAAGCAGUGCCUGUAUUUUCUCUUCAGAAGCUAUUUACCCAAAAAUAACCCAGCCUGGCAAUGCUGCAGCUCUGUUUCAAAGCUGAUUCCUCACGUCCACCAUCUCUGAUGCGACUCGAAAAUCCUAAAGCUCCGUUGCACUGUUGGCUUUGAAAGCAAAACCGCCAAGGAGGAACGAUUUGUUCUGCUGAAGCGUGUUGGAAGUGGCAGCUUGGGUGGACCAGCAGCAGGAUAGAUCUGUGUUCUCACCCUGGCUGAGUGGAUUUGCCUGUCCAUGACUUCUUACUGCCUCAAAACCAUUUGGUUGUUGCUCACUCGAUAGACUCCAGUGGAAUUGGAUUAGGCAAGACCAAUACCUGGAUGUUCAGUUAGCAAGAGGUGCCCCUUCCAGGUACUUGGAUCCCCUUGCUCCCUGACAGCCACAGCUCCCAGGAGGCUCAGGAAGCUGCUUCAUCUGCUCCUGGAACUGAAAAUAAGUAAUGGAGGUAUAAAGCUUAUGCUAAUUAAAAGAUUAAGUUUAAUGAUCCUAAAUAGUCACACUGACAGUUUGCAGUGUUUGUGGCCUUAUGUGAAGUAUACUAAUCUGUUUUAUAGAUUUGUAACUUGGGUUUGAAGCACUAAUUCAUUCCCCAGAUAGCUCUUUAUAACUCUCUUAAAACUGCUCGCAGGAAAGAAGAAAAACCCUCUCUGUCAGCUGAAAGAAUUCAUUAGGAAGCAGCUGAGUGACUCUGACUUAGAUUUGAGAUUUUUUUCUUCUUCCCCCUUAAGUGUUAGUGUGAGAAGGUGUCGAGGACUCGUGGAGCUGACUCAUCAUGUCUCUUAAUAAAACCUGUGCUCUCUGUAUCCUGCAAAGUGGGCUUUAAAGCACUUUUACAUCUUCAGAUGGCUGUGCCCGCGACUUCCUUGAUCCUGUGUGCAGCACCAGCCUCUUGGGAUUGAGGGAACUAUCAAAGCUUGUCCCUGCUGCAGAGGCACAGGGGAGAGACAUGAACCUCCUGCACGAGCAGGGGUUGUUGCCAGUGCCUUGUCCCGACUCAAGGAGUUCUGAUCUUCCCAGAAAACAGCCCGGGCUGUAGGAUGGACUGUGAGGAUUUCUUUGUACAUUGAUCUUUCUCCUUUUUCUAGAGACUCCAGGAGCAGAUACUGAAGUGCACAACACUAUAUAUGUGUGUAUAUAGUAUUUUUAAGAAAACCUGAUGCUGUAAAAAAAACCUGUACUGAGGGGAAUAAAAGUUCUACCAUUUUUUUGGA